AUGGCGGGUGAGAAUGAGGUAGUGAGCAACGAGCAAGUGAUAUUCAAGAAUUACGUGAGUGGUUUUCCUGCAGACUCAGACAUGUACUUGAUCACUGCUUGCACUAAGCUCAAUGUACCAGAAGGUAGCAAAGCUAUUUUGGUCAAGAAUCUCUACUUGUCCUGCGAUCCAUACUUGAGGGGUAAAAUGAGAAGUCUCCCUUCUGAAGAUCCCAACUUCGCUUCAUACCGUCUAGGCUCUGUAAUUCUGGGAGUGGCUAAAGUGGAGGAUUCUGGGCACCCUGACAUGAAGAAAGGUGACUUGGUAUGGGGUUUAACCAACUGGGAAGAAUACAGUCUUAUAAUAGCACCUGAGAGCUUCUUUAAAGUCUUCCAUACUGAUGUACCCCUUUCCUACUAUACUGGACUUCUAGGUAUGCCUGGUAUGAUUGCUUACUUUGGUUUCUGUAAUAUUUGUUCCAGAUAG